CGCAGCAUCGGACGGCAUGGCUUCGUCUCAUGGGAAGAAUGAACUCCGCCUCGCAGACUGGAUGGCAAGUUUGCCGGAGAACCUUCACAGCACCCCUCUGACUAACCUGGCUAUACCCGGUUCCCACGACUCCUUCAGCUUCUACAUUGACGAGGCCUCUCCCGUGGGCCCCGAGCAGCCGGAGACGGUGCAGAACUUCGUGUCGGUGUUCGGCACGGUGGCCAAGAAGCUGAUGCGCAAGUGGCUGGCCACGCAGACCAUGAACUUCAGCAGCCAGCUGGACGCCGGCGUGCGCUUCUUCGACCUGCGCAUCUCCACCAAGCCGCGCGACCCCGACAACGAGCUCUACUUCGCCCACGGGCUCUUCAGCGCCACGGUGCGCGAGGGCCUGGAGCAGAUCAGCGCCUUCCUGGCGUCGCACGCGCGCGAGGCGGUCUUCCUGGACUUCAACCACUUCUACGGCAUGCAGAACCUCCACCACGAGAAGCUGGUGCAGAUGCUGCGCGACGUCUUCGGCGACCGCCUCUGCCCGGUCAUCUUCGCCCAGGAGGUCAGCCUCAAGCACCUGUGGGAGAAGGAGUAUCAGGUGCUGGUCUUCUACCACAACCCCAUGGCGCUGGACGUGCCGUUCCUGUGGCCGGGCCAGAUGAUGCCCUCGCCCUGGGCCAACACCACCGACCCGGACAAGCUCAUCCAGUUCCUGCAGACGUCGGUGACGGACCGCCGACACAAGGGGACCUUCUUCGUGUCGCAGGUGGUGCUGACCCCCAAGGCCAGCACAGUGAUGAAGGGAGUGGCCAGUGGAUUGCGAGAGACCAUCACAGAGAGGGCCCUGCCCGGCAUGAUGCAGUGGAUCCGCUCGCAGCGGCCGGGCGAGAGCGGCAUCAACAUCAUCACGGCCGACUUCGUGGAGCUGGGCGACUUCGUCAGCGCCGUCAUCACCCUCAACUACCUGCUGGACGAGGAGGGCCAGAAUGCCACCUGAUCGCCCCCCCCUAUCCCCUUUCCGCCCCCCCAACACACACACACACACACACAAACAUCCACGAUCCCUCACACCUCCGCUGUGAGAUGCCAUUUCUUUCCUUUGUCCCAUCUCGUGGGCGGGAAAACGAUCCUUUCUACUGACGUGACGUUUUAGGGCUACCCGUUUCUAAAGCGCAAGCUUUUUUUUUCCGCCAGAAGGAAGUCGUUUGACUUCAGCUUGGUGAGGUGGGGGGGAAAAAAACUUUUUUUCAUUUUAAUUAUUGGGGUAAAAAGGGCAAUUCUUUGACUGCUGGUCUGCUUCUCAUCAGUGGCAUUUGAAACUGAUCAUGUCCAUUAUACUGUAAUGUUAGUUGUGCUAAAAGCCUCAGUCUUCUCUGUUAAUCAAAGAAAUUCACCUCUUCCUCAGCAUAUCCCACCUGAGAUAAAUGUUCUUUGUAUAGUGACCGUGUGUGACCAUGGGCUUGCGGUGGAGUUAACUGUACUUAGUAUUGUAUAUUGUACGCCCAUUAAUCUGUAUAGUUGUUUAUAUAACUGUUUAUAUUUGUUUACAGCUUCAGCGAGAUAGACUGCUCUGUCACGCCACGUGGUCUAUUCUGCCCGCUGAAGUAUAGCAAACUUUCCCUCCAAAUCAUGUCAAUGUAUUUCAUGGGUCCAAAAGCCUGCCACUCAGUAUGUCCUUACAUACAGAACUGUGUGUUUCCUCAGUCGUGUUUGUAUGCACAUCCUGAGCAGUAGUCGGAGGAGGUAGGCCAAUGUUUUCAUGUGCACAUUUACUGCCUUUACAUCAACAUUUAGCCCAAAAAUAUGCAUUUGUUUUGUCAAUUGACCCUUUGGUGCCAAAAAUUGCAUUUUGUCAAGUCUUGACCAAGGAGCCUGAAAUCUUGUUGGUUUGAUGAGGUAAUGGGGUGUUUCAUUGCUACAUGAAAUGUAAGAUGAUUUUAGUUUUAGGUGCAAUAAUUUGUGUAUCUAAAACGUAUUCCCAUUGUUUAAUCUCUUCAAGUGACCGUUUAUGUUCUCUAUCUCACAUUCCUACAUUUCCUAAAUAAGGUCAAGUUCAUUGAAGAAUAGAAGAAUAGCAUAAUUACAUUAUACUACUAUUCUCUCAUAGAAGGCUUGUAACACCUAGUCAUACACAACAAAUAAUCAGUGGCACCCGUUUACUGCUCGGCUUCUCACUCCUCCUUCCAUCAUGUUAGUCAUAGUAUCUGCCCUAUGUACUAACUAUCACUCUAUCACUACAGAUGCAAACAACAAUAACAAUAACAACAUCAACAACAGCAACAGCAACAGCACUCAGUAUAGUGAAAAAGUAACUUCAGCAUCCUUUCUGUUCCCUAAGGUUAGAGGUGAGUCUUUGAACUGGAACUCUCUGAUGUGAACGCAUAACGUGUUAACACAGCGUAACAUGUGUACACAUGCUCCCUCUAUGACUCAUGCCUAGAUUAGUGUAUAGCUAUAAUUGUAUAUGUGCUGUCUGGCUUUGGGCAACUGGAGAAUUAUGGUGGAGAGGCAAUGCCAUGCUAUUUGUACUUCCAAUACUGAAUGUUUGUUUGACCUACUUACAAUGCUGAGCAAUCUGUAUUCAUUUCAAAAGACUGUGAGAAACAGUUUCAUCCUUGCACUUUUAUUAGUUCGAGCCAUUGGUAGUAGUAGGGCAUGUACAUGGAUUUUAAUUGUUUUUAUGUUAAUUUAAUGAGCUGUACAGAUUGAUUUUACAGAAUCUCUGACUGGGUGUUCUUUGCAUUCAGCAAAUUGCUUGAUGAUAUUUCUGUACUUUAAGCUGGAAGGAAUGUAAUCUGUUCUUUGGUUCUGUAAUUAAUAUUAUUGAUGUCAACCAAAAAAAAGGGAAAUGACUCAUUUUGAAAUAUAAUUGACUGUUUUCAAUGUUUUUUCCACUUUGUAUUUGUGUGUCUGUGUGUGUGUGUGUGUGAGAGAGAGAGAGAGAGAGAGAGAGAGAAAGAAAGAAAGAAAGAAAAAGAGAGAGAGAUGAUGGAUGAGGAAAAGAUAUGAAAUCCGAACUUUCUUUGGCAUUAACACAAUCACAACACAAUAUGACACUGUCAGAUUGUGUCACUCCUUCCUGUUUAUGUAAUUGCUGAGGGCCACUCAGACCCUCCCUAAAACAUUAACCUCUGGCGAGGGAAAUUGACCCGAGGCAGCUGGCGCUGUGAGUCUGGGCAUAUGGGCGCUUGAUUGACAAAAUUGAUUUGCUUUGAGCUUCUCUCCUCACACUACGUGAGCUGUAUCACUGUAAACAAAUCACUGCUCAACCCUUAGUGUAGUCAUAUCGGAGAAUGAAAAUGCUCUUUUUAUGGAUGAUUGGUGCACAUUAGCCAUUAGACGAUCCUGUCACCCUCACCAUCGCAUACCUUGUUUUGAUUGAAAAUGGUUUCUCAAUUGCACAGUGGGGCCACACAAUGGUGAAUUACUGUUACGUUUAUUUGAUUCAUAUUCUUAUUUAGACUCUCAGUUACAGAGAGCACUCUCUGUAGAGGUACUUCAGUUCAAAGCUGUUUGAAAACUCAAACAAGUAAUUCAUUCACUGAACUUGAAAGUGAGCAAAUCAUAGAUAUAUGCAUUGCGUAAAGUAGACGCAAUGGAUCUCAUGUACAGCUGAACAUGCAUAAACAAAACUGCCCCUUAUACAGUACAUCAUAUGCACCUCAGGAUUGUGUCUUUGAAGUGGUUUUCAAAAAAAUGUUUUACAGCUGUCCUGUGAAAAGUAUUUUUCUUUUCUUUCUCUGACUAAUGUUUCAAUCAACCUGCUCCUGUUGAUGCUCUGAUGUCUUUUGAUCUUCUCUUGUUGUGAAGUGGUCAUGGUCCCAGAGUGUUCCUGUUCCAGCCUCCGGCACAGCUUCACAAUAAAAUGCAGCGUUAUUUUACUAUGGCAAA